GCGCCGCCACCGCCGCCCCAGAUCCGGAGCGCUCCUGUGCCGCAGACGCGGGAUCGAGCUUCUCUCUCUCUCUCUCUCUCUCUCUCUCUCUCUCUCUCUCUUUCUCUCUCUCUCUCUCUUCUCUCCCGCCCUCCUUUCCUUUCCUCCCUCUCUCCCUCUCCCUGAUUCACUCGCAUUUGGAAGCAGCCGGCAGAAGAGCCAAGCGCUGUCCUUUCAGCACCAUCCGGGAAAAGCCGAGGAAAGCAGCGCCGCCUCCGCCGCUACGCCCUCGAUCCCUCCCGCGCCUCUGCCUUCGCCCCGCCGUAGCCUCGAGUCUGGAAAGUAAGGUCUAAGGAUGGUGAAGCUGGGGAGCAAUUUGAAUGACAAGACCAAGCAGCAGCCGUCCAACGAGGACGGCUUUCAGACCGUCCCUUUGAUAACGCCCUUGGAAGUAAACCAUUUGCAGUUCCCGGCUCCAGAAAAGGUGAUUGUGAAAACAAGAACAGAAUAUCAGCCAGAUCAGAAGAACAAAGGAAAACUCAGGGUGCCCAAAAUUGCUGAAUUCACAGUCAGUUUCACUGAUGGUGUAACAGAAAGAUUAAAGGUCACUAUUCUCAUCAGUUUGGCUCUUGCAUUCCUCGCCUGCAUAGUGUUCCUUGUGGUAUACAAAGCUUUUACCUAUGACCACAGUUGCCCAGAUGGAUUUGUUUAUAAGCAUAAGCGAUGCAUCCCAGCCUCCCUGGAUGCUUACUAUUCAGCUCAGGAUUCCAACUCCAGGGGCAGAUUCUACACUGUCAUCAGCCAUUACAGCAUGGCCAAACAAACCAGCUCGCGGUCUGUAUCUCCCUGGCUUUCCUCAGGAUCGGUAAACCAUGAGCCCAAGGCUACCAAGACAGAAGCCCAUUAAAGCCAUUUGGUGGCCUUGGGGAUGGCGGGGAAUGGGAAAGACAACAUGCUGUCUUUGUCGCAUUGCCGUGGUUUGAAGAAGGCACCCGUGCUUUCAGUGCAACAAGAAUAAACUUAACUCCAAGUGCAGGUGUCAUCUUAAUGGAUAUUUCUCCUUUUCUCUCUCUCACUCACUCUCGCUCUCUUUCUCUCCCUCCUUUUCUCUUUUCCUCUUACUCUUCCCCUUCCCCUUUUGGUGCAUUGUUCUCGUUAAUUUGUAACUAAGUCAAGAUCUUGUACAAAGGCAUGUUAGGUGUUCAUUAUAUCUUACAAUGUACAAAUAUUUUUAAAACCAUUGCUUAAUAUUUGUUAAGAAAAUAAAAACAAAAAACACCAAAAAAAGUCAAUCUAGAGAACAUUCACAAGGAAGGAGAAGAAAUGGCAAACAGAAUUCCACCGGACCUACUUGGCCGAGAAGAUGGAGCCCCAGAAUGUAUAUUGAUGGUGUUGGUGGGGGAUACCAUGGCAUUUGUUUCUUGGAAUAUAGGGUGAAAAAGAAACUUAGUCCACAUUGGGAGGGAUACUUUUUAAUAGACAUUUAUUUCACCCAGAUAUAGUACACAAUGGGCUGGACAAAUGCCCACAAUGCACUUUGCCCGGUCCAGUGUUUCAUUGUUACUCAGAAACAUGUGAUGCUGUCCCUUGCAUUAAAAUAAGUGGGAAAGCCCUUGUAAACAAGGGAGUUCAUAUCUACAGUGGAGCAUUCUGCACUGAACCACUGAACCAUGGUUACUAUUCUGUGGUUGCUUGCUUGUUUUUACUGAGAGAAAUUGCCAUGGAUACACACAAGUUGGGAUUUUUGACUGCCAACUGAAUUUUAGAUACAUGUUCUCUACUCCCAAAGGUGAGUGGCAAAUCCCAGAAAGGGCAUUCCAAGGUUUAACUAAUUGAAUGAAGAAUUCUGAAAAAUUACUUUUUUGGACUAUAAAAUAAUACCAUCACUCUCAGAAAUACUGGUUAUACUAGAUGAGAAAUUCUAAGAGAUACUGUCUAAAAUUUAAUUUUUCUAAACUGUUUCAAAGUGACAAUUCUUUAACUUAUUAAAGCACACUUAAGAUUAGAUGGAGCAAGAGCUGGGGGAGACAUAUCUCUAUUAACUGCCACCUUCUGCUCCAUUGUGGGCAAUAUUAUGAAGAGACUUUAGCCCAGAAACCAGCAUAUUCUUAGUAGCUUACAAUGAAGAGUCACUGAACAUAAUCCAAUAGUGUAUCCCUAGAAUAUUUGGAUGUACAGCUGGAAUAUGUUGUUCCCUCUUCUAUAGGCCCUCACCCAUGGAAACUCCCCAUUACUUUAUAGUAACUUUGAAGGUGGUAUGUAGUUUAAUAUGGAGCUGCUGUGGAAUUAAAAAAAGCAGAAACCUUCAUGUGUAUUUGUAUGCAGCCAUGUAUAUACAUGUGAUAUUUAUCAUGCUGGAUCACAGAUUCCUUGGAUGAUUUCGGCAGCUUUUCCCCUACCACUGUAAGUUACAAAACCAAAUCCUCAAUACGUCCUGUCACCAUGAUGGUGUGAAUGAUAUAUAGGAACAUUUGUCCUUUGCCAUUUGCCCUCCCACAGAAACAUUCUAUGUGUAAGAAGAAAUCAAGUAUACACACUGCUUUGUGAAAGAUGGAGCAAAUUUUUAUUUUGCAAUGACAGCUUGAUCUAGGAAGAUGUCGUGUAGGAGGUUCGAGUCUAUAAACAAUUCUUACAGCUCCUAUUACAGCUCCUAGAAACCCCAGUCAGCAUGGCUGAUGAACAUGACAACUGAGAGAUUCUGGGAUUGUUUGUCCAGGCUAGUAAUGUGUAUUCAGCAGAGAGAGCUCUUUUCCAUCUAGAAUGAAAAACUUUAUUGGGAUGAUUCAAAUCACCCAUAUAUUUCUGAUCAGCAAUACAUACACAUGUAUAUGUGUGCCUGCAUACCCAUUGUUGACUGGGGAGGUGUUGUGUGUCUUUAAAACUUCUUCCUUUUGCAAGGUUGAUUAGUUGCAGUUUCACCUUCAAUUUCACAAAGAACCAAGGGCACCAUCUCCCAAGCAUGGUUUGUUAGAAAUAACAUUUGUGUUAAUAGAUUUUGCUUAGGAGUGGUCAGGCAGAACAGUACUCAGCGAAUUAUGCCUCCAUUAAGCAAAUUAAAUUAAAUUUGAAUACAAAGAAGAACUGGAUGAAAGCCAAUCAAAGUGUUACUGAAUGUAAGUCACAUAGACUCUAAAACUGGGCAUCUGAUUUAUGUCAAGCAUUUAUAUUUUGUUUGCCAAAAGAAGAGACAACUCAUUUUGUAGAAGUUGAAGGUCAAAGGGAUUAAUGAUAAAUGGUUGUAUUAUGUAGCCAAACUGUAGUGCCAAAUCUCAUUGUCUAACUCUUUUCCCCUUUCUCUUCCCCCAUUCUUCUUCAUACUUCACCUGUAAAUCCAUUUCUCACCUGAAAUGUACAAAUACAUUGGAAAAGAAAACAAUGCCCAGAACAAUAACUGGACAAUUUAUAAUUUUGUGGUGUAUUGUAUGUCAGUAGGUAGAAGAGACUGAAGUAUUUUUGGUGUAGUUCUUGACCUUUUCUGACAGGACAAAUAAAGCUAGAUGUGUCUGAGCGUCUCAGCCA